CGCUCUCAUCAUUCAGCCCUUUCUGAAUCGGCGCCGCACGAAGGUAGCAUCGCGCGCGCAGCAGUCUGAGACGGAGGCCUGCACCCCCCCCACCCGCCGCCAUGUCCAAGUCCGAGUCCCCUAAGGAGCCCGAGCAGCUGCGCAAGCUCUUCAUCGGUGGCCUGAGCUUCGAGACGACAGAUGAGAGCCUUCGUGGCCACUUCGAGCAGUGGGGCACGCUCACCGAUUGCGUGGUAAUGAGAGAUCCAAAUACCAAGCGAUCCAGGGGCUUUGGGUUUGUUACAUACUCUACAGUAGAAGAGGUUGAUGCUGCCAUGAAUGCUAGACCACACAAAGUUGAUGGCAGAGUUGUUGAACCAAAGAGGGCCGUAUCCAGAGAGGACUCACAGAGGCCUGGCGCUCACCUGACAGUGAAGAAAAUCUUUGUUGGUGGGAUUAAGGAAGACACAGAGGAGCACCACCUGAGAGACUACUUUGAACAGUAUGGCAAAAUCGAAGUGAUUGAGAUCAUGACAGACCGUGGCAGUGGCAAGAAGAGAGGCUUUGCGUUUGUCACCUUUGAUGACCACGACUCGGUGGACAAGAUUGUUAUUCAGAAGUAUCACACUGUGAAUGGCCACAACUGCGAAGUGAGGAAAGCACUGUCAAAGCAAGAAAUGGCCAGCGCUUCGUCCAGCCAAAGAGGUCGCAGUAGCUCUGGGAACUUCAGUGGUGGCGGCCGUGGAGGUGGAUUUGGCGGAAAUGACAACUUUAACCGUGGCAGCAACUUUAGUGGUCGGGGUGGGUUUGGUGGCAGCCGCGGUGGUGGCUAUGGAGGCAGUGGAGACGGCUAUAAUGGAUUUAGCAAUGAGGGUUAUGGUGGUGGCGGCGGUGGCCCUAGCUACUCUGGUGGGAGCAGAGGCUACGGUGGCAGUGGUAACUACGACGGCUAUAACAACGGAGGUGGUGGCGGCUUUGGCAGUGGCAGUGGAGGAAGCAGCUUUGGAGGUGGCGGAAACUACAAUGACUUCGGCAGUUAUAACAACCAAUCUUCAAACUUUGGCCCUAUGAAAGGAGGGAACUUCGGAGGCAGGAGUUCUGGUCCAUACAGCAGCGGUGGGGGGGUCGCACUUGGAGGCUUGCUAUCUGAAAGGGGUCACCAGAACAAAAGUUUGAGAACCACUGCUAUAAUGCCAUCUCCAAUUGCUCUCUCAGGUGGCUACGGUGGCUCCAGUAGUGGUGGUAGUUAUGGAGGUGGGCGAAGGUUUUAACUACCAGGAAACAAAGCUUAGCAGGAGAGGAGAGCCAGAGAAGGGACAGGGAAGCUACAGGUUACAACAGUUGUGAACUCAGCCAAACACAGUUGUGGCAGGGUGUAGCUGCUACAUGAAGACAUGUGUUAGACAAACUCUCCUGUCCAAACAUAAGGACUGUAUUUGUGACUAAUUGUAUAACAGGUUAUUUUAGUUUCUGUUCUGUGGAAAGUGCAAAGCAUUCCAAUAAGGGUUUUUAUGUAGAAUUAAUUUUAUUUUUUUCCACACCCAUGCUGUUGAUUGCUAAUUGUAAUAGACUGAUCAUGACGCUGAAUAAAUGUGUCUUUUUUUUAAAUGUGCUGUGUAAGUUAGUCUGAUAUAAGUCAAUUGAAUGCCAUCCUAGCUAUCUGAAUGCUGCAGUAUCUGCAUGUAACUAGACCAGGUAUAGCUCAGCAAUAGUCCACUGGGCAGAGACAGUCAUUUGUGGGCCAUGUCAGGACUCCUGAGCUGGGUCCUGAAUACUAAUGCCAGAGGCUGUGUGCAUUAGCAACUUCACAGCUGUAACCACCAAUGGAAUUUGUAGAUUAAGUUGUGCUGCAUCCGUGUAACCCUUGUAGACAGGACUUGGGUAUCCAGAUGCAGCUGUUGAUGAAUUACAGCUGCAAAGUCUGCUAGUGUAGAUGGGUCCAGAGACUGUCUUACAGCAAACAAAAAGGGCUAAUUCCUUGCAUGGUGCAUAUAUCCAUGUAAACCCUUUCUCAGCAAACAAGAUUAACUUGCCUGAACAAAGUAUAUCAGUAUUCUGCUCUAUACAAGAACAAAAGUCAGUUGAUGUUGAGUAGCUAGGGCUGUAAACUGAAGUGUAAUGGACGGGUCCCUGCCAGCCAAAACUUCCCAUAAAACUGACCCUGGGCUGUCUCACAAAGAUAGGGGAAUUAACUCUCACUGGCAUAGAUCUUCUGUCCAGUUAACCAAACCCUAAUGGCCGGCAGAGGUUGGAACUAAAACUCCUUUUCAACUUUUGGAAAAGGAAGAGCAAUUUUAAAACCCAGCUCUGGCAGUGAGGGGGGUGGAGGUCUAGUUCAGCGGAGAAGCACACCCCAAAUUCACAGCAAGCGGCAGGAGAUACUAAUGGAGGCCAGUCUAGGUGGCUGUGAAAUCUUACCUGUGUAAUGAUAAAGGAAAGCUGAGUGCAUCCAGGGUUACUCUGAAAGCAAGCUGCACUUUUGUUUCUCUCAAAGCUGUCCAGCUCAUAUGCCUAUGUUAAAUGUUUCCACCAGCUAGACAGUGGCAUCAUGACCAUAAGUGUGGCAGAAUCAUGACACUGGAUCAGCUUGGGCCUCAUGCUGGGAAAGUUGCAAUGCAUUUUUCUUUAACACAAGUGCUCGGCAAAAGGAUGGAUUCUCAAAUACAGCUGCCAGCUUUGAGAAACAGUUGAAGUUUCUCAAACUGCUGAAAUCAGACUCUGAUCUCUGCCUCUUCUAAGCACUGAGUGGGUUCUGCAGAAGUUGUCUGAACAAAUGGUCGCCUCUUGAUAUCUGAGGCAUUUUUUGACUGACGCAGUGUCAUUCCAUUGCAGUUUUAAACCUGUGUAUAAACAGACACCCCACUGCUGUAACUAAGUCACCCUUUUUUUGUUUUUAAACUGGUUUUGGUAACUAACUAUGCCUCAGCCUGUUUUAAAGGAGAACUGCAGAGGAAGAAAUUGACCCUAGGCAAUAGCCCCAAAUUGUAAACUGCUCCUCGUUAGGAAUAUCAGAUCUUUGCUGCCAUGUGAGAGAAGGCUGGAGAUGAGGUGGGAUGAACCAGCUUCCCCAGCCCUGUAAUCUGAGGAACAUUAAAAUCUUACUGCUUGUGCUAAAGGUUUAAAUUUCAACUGCUGAAGUAGUUGGGAUAAAAACUCUGACCUGGCACCCGCUUCUUCUGUUCUAAGCCUCCAACACAGUGAAGACCUGAGCUUUCUAAUGUAAAUGAGUAAAAUCUCCAUUCUGCAGUUGCCCUCUAACGCAGACUGCAGAUGAGUGCUGCCGCUGCUGCUUCCUACAGCUGCUUAAAAGCAUAGCUUUAGUUUCCUUCUGUUUGCUGCGUUGCAGAACACGGGAGUCAUUGAGAGCUCUGUUCUUAUUCUUGUAUUUCAAAUCAAGGCAUUCACUUGUGAUCUCAAUUCUCUGAUAAAGAGCAACUUAGCCCCAUGGUAACUGUUGGAAGCAGGCCUUUCUCUAAAUCAUGUUGGCAUAUUUCUAACAGAUCUCUUCAGCUGAAUGAUUAUGAAGUGUAUUAAUGUGGAAUGCAAAA